CAUCCACCCACCAACCUACCAGUAACCCCACCCACCAUGUCCCAACCCCAAACUUCCCAUUUCCGCGCAACUAGCACCUCGCCCUCUAGCUCCAGCGCCCCUCACUCUCCGCCAAACCCUCCCCCAGCCUUCCCCACGAGCGCAGCUAUCGGCCUCGCAAUCAGCGUGCCCAUCCUCGUAUUCCUCUACGCGGGAUACAUGCUGUACAAGGAGCGUAAACACCCCGUUAUCUCGCCGCCGAACUCGAACAUCCCGGGCAAAGAGAAAGACAAAGUCGAAGUCGCCGAGAUGGAGGGAAGCAGCGCGCCACAACAGACGGGGGAACUAGAAGCCCCGAACAGCACGCUGCCGUGGGGGAAAGGGAAGAAUGGAAGGACUGCUGGACGGCAGCAUGACGAUGAUCUGCCGGAACUCGUUGUUCCAACACAGCCUCGGCGGCAACGAACCCUUCCUCCCACGACCUCUCCACGCCGAGGCCUCAAAUCCCAAACCUUCGUCACCUCCACCCUCUCUCCUCAAACUCCCACAUCCCACCGCCCUACCUCAGCAAUGGCACCGCACGCCGCGCACUCGCCCUACGACGCCGCACCGGGCCUCUUCGUCGAGCCGCCCCCGCCACCAAGCGAGGCCCCGCCUUCCAAACCUUCGUCCACAGGCCCAGCAAACCCCACCCAAGUCGCGCAGACCGAUGCUCAGGCUACAGCCGCGCCUCUCUUCCCGGCUACCGACGGGAUCAAGGUAGCGCUGGAGAGUAUCAGCGUUGUGCUACUGCUCUUCUGCUUUCUGUACUAUGCGAAAGGAAUCAGAUUCCGCUCCUACUAUCCAUGCCACCCCUAA